UGUCGCUGUGUGUGUCGGCACUGCCGCGCAUGUACAGUGUGUGUAUGCACGUGCCGGCAGUCAUACGCAGGCUGUUUGUAGCGGAACUGUUCAGCUGGAUGGCUCUGAUGAGCUUCAUGCUAUUCUACACAGACUUUAUGGGAGUGGGGCUGUACCAGGGAAUACCCAACGCUACACCUGGAACAUAGGAGAGACUACAAUACGAUGAAGGUCUUCUUCUCCAGUUCCAAAUCCAGACCUUCUCACCCAGGAGAAAGUGACGACCACAUCCACUCCAAGCCCCUCCUUCCACCUGACCCUGUUCAUAUCCAUGGCAACAGCUAUCCAGAAGGGGUCACUCUCCCCGGGGCCCCCCUUUUCUUCUCCUCCUCCACUUCCCUCCACGUGUCCCUUCCCCUGGAGAGAGAAGGAGAGCCCAUACCACUGCCUCAGAGAAGGAUGUGUCUAGACAUGGCUAUACUGGACAGUGCCUACCUGCUGUCACAGGUGCUGCCUGCUCUGCAUCUGGGCUCCAUAGUGCAGCAAUCUCACAGUGUCAGUGCCUAUAUGGCCCUGCUCUGCUCCACCGGUGUCGUCUUCACACGCAUUGACCUCCACAAGCUCACAGGGUCAAAGGGCAACGCUCCAACGCUGACUGGACUAAAGAGUUAACCCAUUGUGGAUGUAUCUGUGUUGUGGAAUUGCACAUUUCUAUUGGAUUUUGGCUGUCCGUUGACACUACAAUGGGCAGUAAAAUAGUUUUCCUUCCUAGACUGGUCACCAUAUAUGCUGGGACAUAUCAGGGGGAAUACUGAGACAGGCUACUGUUCCUCUGAUACGAUAAAGGAGGAUAAAGUGAUACUGCUUAUUGCUAUGUCAGAAAUGUAGUACGUUUGCUAUUGGUUACUGUAAUCUAACAUGUUUCAAAGUACACUUUGUUUACUUCUAUAACUAAAAUGUAGCAUGAUUGCUAUGUGAGGCCAUAAGAGGACUCUGAAGUCUGUUAAGCCUUUGUGUACAGUAAGUUUACUGGAUGUAUUUAUGGAUGUAUUUAUUUAUGUGAGCCCCAGGGCCAGAGGGAGAGUUGGGGUAUGACUCCCACUCUACUAUUUGCAUUGGGGUUGAGGGCUAAGGAGGAGAGGUGAUUGGUUUUUGUGUGUGUUUUUCCUCCAUGUUUCCAUGGUAAUUAUAAUUCCUGGUGUGUGGGGGGGCGUUGGGGGACUCCUCUCAGUGUGUGUCUGAUCCAAUGAUGGACAUAAACCCUGGAUUGAUGAUGCUAUGAUGCUGUAUUGGCUAUUGAGAGGUUUUGAUAAUAUUUAAUUGAAAUAAUGUAGAACUCCAUCGGUAGGCCAUAUUGGCAUUCCCUAGUAGGAGCAGUAUACUUAGGAUGGAAUGGAGUUCUACAUUAUUUCAAUUAAAUAUUUCAAGGACAAAAUUACAUUACA